AAUUCCCAAACGAGCCUCUGGGUUUCAGUUUGAAUCUGGGAGAGGCAUACUCCGGACUGCGGAGCGCGACCUGCGUGAGGCCGCGCGUGGUUCUUCAAUCACAGCAGAAGACUAAAGCCUCUGCGAGCCCCAACUCCGGGCGUCAGGAGGGGUUGGAUGGAAGGGAAGAUUUGGGGUAAUGUGCCACCCGCAUCCGCAAGACCCCCCAGCUCAUGAGUCCCAGGCCAUACCGGAAUUUGGGGGAUUUUCGUGUUUUCUAGAUCGUGGAUGGUUUGGUUGAAACCCCCGCAUCUUCUGUCCGCUAAGGUCCCCCGGGGUGAGGUUGGGUUCAAGGACAGGGAAAAGUUAAGUGGCGUCAGGACGAAAGCACCACUUCUCCCCCUUCUCUCCCAGAAUCUUCCUAUCAUCCCCCAACGCGCCCCGGGAAGUGCAUGGUCCUAAGGUCCAAGGCGCCAGGACCCAGGUCCCCAGAGCCCUCAAUCAGUGCCAUUCUCUUCCGCAGCGAGGGUGUCAGCCGCGAGCUCGGAGCCCCUCGACACCCGCCUCUCUCUGGGGUCUCCGGGGACCCUUUCAGAGGCUGUAAAGGUGUCAGAAGCCCAAGGCAGGAGCCAGCUUGGUCGGCGCACCUCCCGGGCCACUGCUGCCACCGUCGGGUAGAGCCAGCAGCUCACCUCUGGGGUCGCGGAGGCCCUGAGCCUCUGCCUGCCGCGCACGGGCGUCAGGAGCAAGUCCGCGCGGCCGCGGAACCGCAGAGUUACAGCCCUAAGGCGCGCGGCGGACUUCGCCCGCCCCAUCUCCCCGCCUCGCGCCUCGGGACAGCUCCCGUUUCCUCCGAGCGGCCUCAGCUUCGCUGCCAGCGCCCCCUUUGCCCGUCCAGCCGCGGCAUGGGCUGCUACUCCACUAACACACGCGCGCGCGCAUACACACACACACACACACACCGUCUGCCUCGCCAAGCGCCCACACUCGCCAACGCCCCCGCCCCGCCCUUCGGCCACCGCAGCAGAGGCCACGCGUGACAUUUAGGACGGUGACCACCGCUAUCAAACGACGGCUACGGUCUGUGUUCCUAGGGAAGUGAAGUCAGACCUCUGCUGGAUGUCGCGUGUCCCCUAGGACUGCGUCCUCCCGCGCAGACAGAGCUCCAGAGCACCACCCCACUGUGCCUCAUUCAGGAAGUGCUGUGAUCAAGAAACCACCACUGCUGCUGGUGCCAGGACUGUGAUUCCCAUCAACAGCACUGAUGGCCUGCACCUCACCUCUGACACCCAUGGGACUCUUGUAUGUGGACACCAGAAAGUCUGCUAAUUCUGGAACAAAAACCUGAAAUGUCUCCAUGAGAUGGACUGCUGAAAGAAAUAGAAAACCACAGAGGUGAGGCCUCCACCUUACUUCCAAAUGCUGUAUUGCACAUGGAAUGCAUUUGAUUUCUCAGAUCAGUCACUUUCAGAAUCCAACCGGCAAAGGAGUUUUGGAAACACAGACCAGAGUUUUCCAGCCUCUGUCAGACGAGAAGGCUAAAAAAGAUUGGAAUGGAUGAUGGGCAUUCAUAUUCACAUAAAUUCGACUUCUAUAUAUGUGA